AUAAUUUUUUUCUGUGAUCAACAGAGUUUGUGAUGCCGGUCUGGGAAGAGAACUUCGAGCCGCCGACUUCGGAGGAACGUUUGCGGCGCGUGUGAGUCACUAACGCAAACAAAAAUAUUGUUUCAUGAGCCCGUGAGAAGUGCGAAUUUCGCGGGUGCCGUCAUCAAGGAGGGGAAAAAAGAAAACAUUUGACCCCGGGGUUAAUUUGGGGCCUGCUGACAGACAGAAAAGAGAGGGGGAAACUAAUCAUGGACCACGCGGGUUCCGCUGUCGUGGAACGCGGCGAACCCAGAGCCGCGGAAUGGUCCGCGUUCCAAGACUCUUUAUCAGCCGAUUUGCGAUCCAUCAGAGUCUUCACUGUUGUCGGACUCGUGAUGGUGCUGAUCGGCGGGUCCAUGUUGGGUGUCGGGUUGAGUGUGGGCUCUGACACGUGGGCACUGUGGCGACUGGGACUCGCCGGGUUCGUGCUGGGUUUCGCACUCACCAUCACGUCGUAUUGGGCGCUGCAGCGGAGGUCGAAGAUCAUCGCCAUUCAGCAGCAAAUCGCGGCUGCGGCUGCUGUUGGCAAUCGCGACAUACUCGUCGUCGACUAUGACACCAUCCAGACACGAGACGAUUCCAACCGAAUAAGCGUGAUUUACGGGACUGAGGACGUUUGGAUCAAGCCUCCGGUUUAUGAUCCACCGCCUCGUUAUGAAGACGUUGUGCGAGACGCUGAGCUCAACAUCAGCUGUUCGCAACCCGGUCCAUCACCAACCACAUCGUCGACCCCAGGGACACCACCUGUCCCGCCAAUGACGAAAUCCGUUUAGGAAUACGUUCUAGAUAAUUUUUAAAAUACUGUACGAUAAUUGACUAUUUUGCUUGUUAAUUGUGUUGGUCUUCUGCAGUGUGGAAGAGGGAAGGAUGUGAUCCCUGCUGCUGCAUGGAGGCAAACUAUAACUGCCAAGAAAACGACGAAAUUAUUAUUUUUUAUUCGUGAAUAUUAUUCAAUUAAUUUUCUGAUACGGUAAUUAAGACGAGUGUUUAUCUUUUUCUUUUGUUGUGGACAAGAAAAGGAUUCGAUUGCUGCUGCUGGAGUAAACACAUUUUAACUACUCGUGAUCGACGAAAUCCCUUUUGGAAUAUUCUUCUGUAAAUUUUUUUCGAUAAUUAAUUUCCUAAUUAUUUGAUUGACGCGGUUUUAUUUUUUACAUUCUCCUCCAGGAAGAGACGUAUUCGAUUGUCUCUCCUGGGGUAGGCAAAUUUUAAAUGCCCCGAAAAUUUCGAAUUCUUUUUCUAAAUAUUUCUAGGUUUGAUUCAUUCAACUUCGUGCAGUAAGUUAAUUCACGCUCUUUUAUUCUUUAUUAUGACACGAAUGAGAGGACAAUUCAAGGGAUGUAUUUUGAAUAGGUGAAUUAUAACUGCUUCACAAAUGAUGAAAUACGAGUACAGUAUGUUUAAAAAUAAAGUAUUGGUAGCUGAUGUAAUUAAUUAAAGCAUUUAUUUAAU